UCGUCGUCGUCGUCGUAGUCGUCGUCAGGCGUCGUGGGACUCAAUCCCAGGAGAAAACGGCUCCCCCUCGGGCCGUUGAGCAACUGUCACAGAAGAAGAUUUUUCCCGUAUGACCGUAUGAACGGCACUAGAUCAUACCUCCGCAGGCUCACAGCCGGAACGAGGCGCCCACACCUAGUGCUGGCGGUGGAUGACCAAAGGGCGCAAGGAGCCUUGAGCGCAACCGCAAGUCAGGGCUCCUGCAGGUCAUACCCUCAGAGCAUCCUCCUCAGCCAGCCGCAGAAAAUCGACACGCACACCCACACAGCCUGUCGGUCGAAAACACGGAGGCUCCGAAAAAGCAACAACAGAGGGGGACGUGUUGCGGAGAGAAGAGGGGAAUUUCUUGCUGGCUGUUUGGGGGGGGGAGGGGGCACUUUCAGCAGGCUCCGUGAUGAAAAGCACGGGGGAGGGGGCCAGUACGGCGGGCCAGGCGUGCACCUACGGCUGAACAAGUUACAGGUAACUACCUCACCUACCAGGUACCUCACUCACCAGCUGCCUGUCAACAACAGAACCGGCAGCUCUUCGUCUGUUUAUUUCCGGAGCUUCGGUGUCCUCAGUCGUCGUCUCCUUGAUCGUCGCGGUACAGCAGCGAUAUCUAUUUCGGCUUGUCGGUGGACGUGUCUGUUUGCUUGACGAUUGUUCUUUUUUUCUGCGUCUCGUCGUUUCGUCUAGAUUUGAGUGAAGCUCUGUUCGAGCAGGGUCGGUCAUAAUGGCAGAAAGCGAGCUCUCCCCCAAGUUCGCUCCUUUCUUCUCCUUCGUG